UACUUCUUACAACUCCCAUCACUCACCCAACGCAUUCAGCAAAUUGCCUUCCUUCUCAUUCCUUCUUCCUCAUCAUUUCUAGCUUCGAAUCACAGCAUGGGUGCCAUCACUUACGAUAUUGAGAUUCCUUCCUCAAUCCCGGCCGCCAAGAUGUUUAAGGCCGUUGUCCUCGAUGCGGAUACCCUUAUUCCUAAAAUCAUGCCCCAGGCUAUUAAAAACGUUGAAAUCUUGGAAGGAGAUGGUGGUGUGGGAACUGUCAAAAUCAUCCAUUUUGGUGAGGGCAGCCAGUAUAAGAGCGCAAAGCACCGUGUUGAUGCUAUUGACACGGAGAAUUUGACCCACAGCUACACCAUUGUUGAGGGUGACGCACUGGCCGGAGUUCUUGAAUCCAUCACUUAUCAUGUCAAGAUUGUGCCGACUGAAGAUGGAGGAUGCAUAUGCAAGAACAGGAGCAUUUACCACACCAAGGGCGACGUUGAGAUCACCGAAGAGAAGAUCAAGGAAGGAAAGGAGAAGGCAAUGCAGAUGCUCAAGGCCAUUGAAGCUUACCUCCAAGCUAAUGCCUAAGCGCUAAAUAUACAAUCUGAGGCACUAUCUCCCUUGUUUUCAAGAUAUUAUUGUGAUAUUUUCUUCUGUUUGAGCUAUGUAUUUGGGGAUUUCUAGCAUCGUAAAAAAUUGUACUUUGUUACUGUAUCAUUUCAAUAAAAAGUGAUUGUUUUCUUGAUUGCUAUCA